AUUAAACCUAGUUAACAGAGGUUUUCAUAUAAAAAUUAUUUUGUGACAAAAGAAUGAAAUUAUGAGAUUAAUAAAUUUUUUUAUCAAAUGGAACGUGAAAAGGAUAAUCAUUUGACAAAACUACAAAAAAUAAUCAAAGUGUUAUCUGUUAUAGAUGGUGUACCAAAAGAAAUUGAAAAUUUGCAGCUGUUUGAAGAUUGUAAUGAACAAGUUAACAAGUUAUUGCUUGAGGAUGAUACAUCACUCACACAAUUCGACUCCAAGAGUUCUGAAGUAGUUUGUGUGUCUUUAAAAGCUUUACCAAUAUUUUUUUUAUUUUGUAAGGAUGCAAAUAUUCAACUUGAACAGAAUAUGAUAAAACAACGCAUUGUUGCUUUGUUUAAGAACACUUACCAGAGUUUAAAACUCGCUAUUAGUAUUGUGGAAAGAUGGUCUUUUCAGUUUCAAGAUUCAUACAGUGUUUUAGCAAAUGUCUUACAUUCAAUAAUUGAUUCAAUAAAAGUACUUUUGUAUUUGGACACAAUGGCUGCAGCAUCUAUUUGUAAAUCAUUUAAAAGAUUAUAUACCAAUCAGAAAAACUUAGUUUUUAAGCAUGUAAAUGAUUUUGAAUGGUUGAUAAAUAUUUUUGACAUUGUCGAAUGUAUUUUCCAAAUGUUUUUUCAGGAUGUUGUUCAACAUAAUGUUAAGUUUUACAAAUUUGUCAUUGGUCUCGCUCUCCAAAUCACGCUGGACUUUAAAGAUGUGUCUGAUGAUGCUAUAAAGAAAAUUUAUUCAUUUUCUUGUACAGUUCAAAGAGUACUUAUGAAGUAUACAACACAAGAUUUGAAUCCGUUACUGGAAGCUACUUUAAAAACUUGUGUUAAAGAAUUAUUGAGUUAUAAAAAUGCAAGUCCUCACUUUAUCAAAGUCUUGGUUUCAGAAAAUAAUGGUUUGGAACACCUAAUUUUGUUAUCACGUUUUCAUUCUGAUUUAAAUGAGACUUUUCAAGGUGAUAUUCCAUUACAUUGGUUUCCUUCGGAAAAUAGAGAUAGCUUAAUAGGAUUAUUUUUUAACCUUCUUCAGCACUUCUCACCUUUUAUAUAUGAAGAUAAUAAAAUCUUGCUACCAAGUUCUUUUGGCAUAGUUAAUGUUUAUGAAUACCUACUUGUGAAUUUAUGUUCUUACAUGACCAAUCUUCCUGCAUGCAGCAUUCAAAGCGUUACUGAUAUUAUUGUUUCUUCGCUGUUUAUAUCAAAUAUUACUUUUAUUUUUGCUGCAGAUCUACUCAGCUUUAUUGCAAGAUGGAGCAGUGAAGACUUAUGUUUUCAGUAUGUUAACAUGCUUGGAAUAACACUUUUGAAACUAGGAUCAAUGGGUUUGGAAAAUACUUCAGAAUAUAACAAUAUAAUUUUGCUUUUUAAAAGGCUGUUUUUGUUUCUCAGUAAAGAACAACUUAAUAUAAAGUUGUUUCUAAAAAAUCACCCUUUCUCUCAAUCUAUCUAUCUAUGGGUAUAUAUACCAAUUGAUAAAAUGAAGUAUGAUGCAGAAGACAUUAACAUGAUUGUUGAUAUGGCAAUUUCUGUUAUUCAUUUAAACAGUGAAGAACAAGAUGGUUCUGAAAGAAAUGUUAUAGGUGCUAUUCGAGUAUUGUGCAAUAUUUCAAAAUAUUUUUUGAAUUUUUUGAGUACAAAUAACCAAGUUACAAUAGUAAAAGAAGUUGUACAGUUUUGGAGCUGUUUUAAUGAUUUAGAUGAGGACAUUGAGAUGAGUGAAAGUGUAGUGAUUGCAAUGUUAUGUCUUGCAUCGUGUGUUUUCCAUCUUUUUCAACCAGAGCAAAUGUUACUGGUCUUAUCAACUGUUAAAGAUAUACUAUUGCACUGUGAUAAUCAAUCAUUUCGUUUACAAGUGACAUACUUUCUUUCUGACCUUAAAAGCACACAGUUUCAUGAAACCAAUCAGAUUGAAUGCCUUUCCCUUGUUGCAUCCUUGUUUAAUUACCUAUUAGAUCUAAAGGAUUGGAUGGUUACAUUUUUUGCCAUGUCUGCUCUUCGUGAUUAUGCUGAGGUUACCAUUUAUUCGCAUAAAUUGUCUACAUUUUUGCCACUGACUAAGAAAACUGAUUUUACAAAUUUUUUGCAAAAGAAAUCAAAAACUCAUUGGUCAGUAUUACAGCAAAAUAGUUAUGAAAUCUUGCAAAACAACCAUGGAAACCAAGAUAUUGAUUCUAAUGUUGAGCAAUCAGUUCGAGAAUGUCUUGAUAAUAUUUCCUUCAAUAUUGAAAUUCUAAGAAAUUAUUCAAGCACGAUCUCGUUUCCAUCUAAUUACCAGGUUGAAAUUGAGAAAAUGAUUAAUUUACUUUCAUCUACUAUUGUAAAUAAAAUUUCAAAUACUCUGUAAA